AUGCAUUACCUGCGCGAUGCAAAGGGACAGUACCUGUUUGAUCUCAUCUGUCACCACCUUAACCUGCUGGAGAAGGACUACUUUGGCAUCAGAUAUGUGGACCCAGACAAACAGAGGCAUUGGUUGGGUUUUACAAAAUGUAUUGCCAAACAAAUUAAAUCCCAGCCUCCAUUCACCAUGUGUUUACGUGUCAAGUUUUACCCUCCCGACCCAGCUGCCCUGAAAGAGGAAAUCACAAGAUAUCUAGUCUUCCUACAGAUCAAGAGAGAUCUGUACCAUGGACGUCUCCUGUGUAAGACGUCGGAUGCUGCCAUGUUGGCUGCCUACAUACUACAAGCUGAGGUUGGUGACUAUGAUCCUGGAAAGCAUCCUGAGGGCUACAGCUCUAAGUUCCAGUUCUUCCCUAAACACUCAGAGAAGCUGGAGAGACGCAUCUCUGACAUCCACAAGACAGAACUAAUAGGACAGACUCCAGAAGAGUCAGAGCUGAACUUCCUGCAGAAGGCCCAGGAGCUGGAGACGUAUGGUGUGGACCCUCACCCCUGCAAGGAUGUGUCAGGGAACCCUGCCUUCCUGGCCUUCACUCCGUUUGGCUUCACUGUCUUGCAGGGGAACAGGAGAGUCCAUUUCCUCAAGUGGGACGAGGUGACAAAGCUGAAGUUUGAGGCAAAGACAUUCCAUAUAUAUGCAAAUCAGAAAGAGGACAAGAAGAUCAUCUUGACAUAUUUUGCACCUACACCUGAGGCCUGUAAACACCUGUGGAAGUGUGGAGUUGAGAAUCAGGCUUUCUACAAGUUGGACAAGUCCAGCCAGGUCAGAACGGUGUCCAGCAGUAAUCUGUUCUUCAAAGGAAGUAGAUUCAGAUACAGUGGCAGGGUUGCUAAGGAAGUGAUGGAGCAAAGUGCCAAAAUAAAACGGGAACCUCCAGAGAUUCACAGGGCUGGUCUGGUACCCAGUAGGAGCUGUCCUUCCAUCACCCACGGCCCACGGCUGACCAGUGUCCCCCGACAAAGACGCAGAGCUGUACACAUCUCCAUCAUGGAGGGCCUGGAGUCCCUACGAGACUCCGCCCACUCCACACCUGUGCGUUCUGUCUCCCACGGCGACUCCUUCAUGCCGCGACACCGUCACCACACAACAGAUGCCGGCGAGGGCGGGUCAUCCCAGCGGGUCAUCUCUGACGAGGCCUAUUGCCCCUCGGACAGUGUGCUGCCCACCCCCACGGCCGAACACAGCCUGGAGCUAGCCGUGGCGCGCCACCCUAAUGGAGCCCCCUGCAGCAUCGAAGAGGAGGAGUCGGAGGCCGGGACUCCUGAGGGACAGGUGGCUGAGUUUGGCCCCGACGGCAGAGUGCUUUGGCUGGGUCGGACCAGGAAGUCUCUCCCUAACAACGAGGUGCAGGAGCUACAUAAGUUCAUCCUGAGUGUGUUACGUAUGUUCCUGGUGACCAUGGGACUGCUGUUUGCCCUGCUCUCCCUCCUCAUCAUGCUGACUGAGUCUGACCUGGACAUCGCCUUCCUCCGGGACAUACGCAAGACGCCUGAGUUCCAGCAGUUUCACUUUGAGUAUUUCUGCCCUCUCAGACGGUGGGUUGCCUGCAAGUUCCGCUGGAUGGGAGGCUUCCUUAUAGACAAGUGA